AUGGACGCCAACACGAUGAUGGAUGACCGCACUCAAAGGAUGUUCGAGCUGGAACUGAUGCGACUGGUAAGCCUCUCACUCGUCAAUCAUUCAUUUAUCCAUCCAUCCAUCAAGUGCGUCCAUACGCAAUUGCCAAUGUGUGGUCACUGCGGUGCAGGACGGCCACAGCCCCAGGAACGCCGGCAAGGUCAGCUCACAAGAGGAGAUCGAGAUGGUGGCGGCCCCCCAGGAACGCCGGCAAGGUCAGCUCACAAGAGGAGAUCGAGAUGGGUGCAAUACAAGCGGCGGGUGGCUGUCAGACCAGGCACGGACAUAGCUGCAGACGUCAUGAUCAAGAGAGCCCCUCGCGACGCGAUACACAAACGAAUGAAUUAUGUUAACUGGUAUGUAGGAUACAUCCACAGAUAUCAUCUUGACAUGCUUAUUGUAUGCUGCUUCUGGCAGGUUUUUCGCUCUGGUGGUGGUGUUUCUUGCCGUGAUCCAUGUGCUGGCUGAGCAGGUCGUAGCCGACCUGCCGUCAUUCUACGACGAGUAUGUCCUGCACAGCACAUCCACAGCGACAUGCAGUCACGCGAAGAAUCCGUGUUGCCUGUGCUGUGGCACGUCAUGUGUCACAGCUAUGGUUUCUUUGCUUUCCCAACCAUACAAUCAUACAUCGACCAGAGCACCAACACGACCAAGCACUACCGGGUCGAGAGCAGCGGCUUGAGUGUCUUUUAUGCCAUUCUGUGGGCACUGGUCGCGACGGCGGGGCUCUACACCUUCAUCCUGCACGCCGCCUUUUUUCGCCGCAAGAUAUCGAAUCUAAACCGCCACAAAUGGAAGUCUUUCGUGCGGGCCCAUCAGCGCAGACAGAGCAUCAAGCAGCUCCACACAAUCUCUCAGAGACACAUCUCUAAGAGGUCGGUCGGCGGACAGGCUACGGAAGGGCUCGACGAGACCAGGUGGAGUGCCUGUUUGCGAUCCGCGCGCAUCAUUUGGAUUGAGGCGCUGCUGCUGCUCGAGGCUAUACUGGGCGUAGGUGGACGGUAAGCGAAGCGAGCGACAAGUGUCUCGGUGUGCUAUCUAUGGGUCUCAUGCAGCUUAUUUUGGACUUCGUACUUCGUCGAUGAGAUUUUCACGGGUCAUUUACAGCUCUAUCGCGUUUUCUAUAUAGGCGGCUGGGACAUCUUGCGUACGCACGGCGAAACACCUCCAGGUAGGUACAUGGAUGCUGCGAAGAAUGGGCCCAUCUUCUCUGUCUUUGUGUCGGCUGUACGCACUAGGUCACUGGGCGGCUUUCACCUCGCUGUCUCUGAUAAUUGCUCUGCACUCAUGCGUCUUGCUGUGGGCUUGGCUCUCAAAGAAGCGGGGGCUGGCCAUCUUGCUUUCAUUUGUGGUCAACAUGACUUAUGCCGCACACCAAAUUGGGACUGGACUGGACUGGACAGGCCGAACGAGAGGAGUCACUCUUGGUAGCGUCACAAGAGCCUGCCUUCUUGUUCGAUGGUGUGUGCAUUCUUGUGCUCAUGUCGGCGUUCAGGUACUCUCGUGCAGCUUCGGUCCGCCAACUUUUUGUUCUUCUUGGCGGUGUGGUAUCCACUCUGGAAAGAAGCCCAUACCUUGCACACGCUCGAUGGACUGAUCAUGGUGCGCAACUAUCUGCGGUGGAAACAACACAACGCCAGGAAACUGCACCCUAGUAAGCAGCCAAAGACAACGACACUCGUGAGUUCGCCUUUCAGAGAACAUGCUUUGGGCAUAAUGGAUGGAUGCAGCAAUCCAGCCGAGAACGACGUGCAUGCGGCCCCUGCCGAUGCCCGCCUUGCGGAUGUGGCAAAAGAUGCGGACUCGUCCGCUGAGCCUCUCAGCCAUGUGCCCGAGGAGGUGA